AUGACCAUCCGGCUCGUGACGCUGGCGUGCAUCGCCGCCGCCACUGCUAUUACCUGGACGCCACUGGCACGAGCGCAGCUGGGCGUGCCGACGGGCAAUCUCUGCGCGGCGCUGAGCAAUUGCAACGCGCACGGCCGCUGCGACGCGCUGACCAAGACCUGCGAGUGCAACGAGGGCUACGGCGCUUCCACGGACAUCACCAACUACCGCUCCCCGGACUGCUCGCUGCGAACUUGCCCGGCAGGCCCGUCGUGGGGCGGCAUCCCGACCAGCGCCACGACGUCCCAUGCCAAGGCGGAGUGCUCCGACGCUGGCGUCUGCGACCGCUCCACGGGCACGUGCAUGUGCUACUACGGAUACGAAGGAUCGGCCUGCCAGCGCAGUACUUGCCCCAAUGGCUGCUCCGGCCACGGCCAGUGCCUCAGCAUGCGUGAACUCGCGACGGAGACCAGUGCGUUCCCCUUGUCGCCAGCGACGACAUACGGCGGGGACGUGACUGCGACGACUUGGGACCAAGACCGCAUCCAAGGCUGCCUUUGCGACUCCUACUGGCCCGUCGGUCUCGGCGCAGGCGAGUCGCAGCUCUCGCAGUGGUUUGGACCUGACUGCUCUAGGAUGCACUGCCCCUCCGGAGACGAUCCGAUGACAGCAGAGGACGAAACAGACUGCGAGGGCGUCGUUGCUGCAGGAGGCGUCGGCCCAGGCGCAGCAGGAAAUCUGUGCCACGUCGACUGUGCUAACCGAGGUAUCUGCGACUACUCGAGCGGCGUGUGCUCGUGCUUUCCCGGGUUCUAUGGCUCCAACUGCGCCAGUCUGUCGCCGCUCGCGUAA